CUCCAACUUUAUAUAUCCAUACUCACCUUUUUCUCAACUCACUUCAUCACCUUGUUAACAAAUACUAUUCUUAUCACCAUUAAUAAUGCUCGACACUUUGAAAUACCUUCUAGGCUGGAAAGGCCCUUCCGGCUAUGGCUCCAAGUCCACCGCCGAUCAGGUCACUUCCUCCGUCGAUCUUCGCUCUUCAACCGCCAUCAUCACCGGAGCGACAUCUGGUAUUGGAGCCGAGACGGCGCGUGUGUUAGCCAAAAGAGGAGCCAGGCUCGUGCUGCCGGCUAGGAACCAGAAAGCUGCCGAGGAAACAAAGGCUCGAAUUCAAUCAGAGUUUCCUGGAGCCGAAGUUUUGAUUAUGCCGCUUGAUCUCAGUUCUCUUAGUUCUGUCCGAAACUUCGUCAGCGAGUUUGAGUCUCUCAAUUUGCCUCUCAAUCUUCUAAUAAACAACGCUGGAAAAUUCUCGCACAAGCACGCUGUUUCUGAGGAUGGAAUUGAAAUGACCUUUGCUACUAAUUUCUUAGGUCAUUUUUUGUUGACGAAGCUAUUGGUGGAAAAGAUGAUCGAAACCGCGAAAACCACCGGAGUGGAAGGGCGGAUAGUGAACGUGUCGUCAAGUAUUCACGGCUGGUUCUCCGGCGACUUGAUACCUUAUCUGGAACACAUAACUCGAAACAAAAGUGAUUAUGACGCGACAUGUGCUUAUGCUAUCUCGAAGCUCGCUAACAUUCUGCACACCAAGGAGCUUGCUAACAGACUCCAGGGAAUGGGGGCAAAUGUAAGUGUGAAUUGUGUUCAUCCAGGUAUAGUGAGAACGAGGCUCACCAGAGAUCGCGAAGGCUUCCUUACAGAUCUUGUGUUCUUUCUGACAUCAAAGCUCUUGAAGACCAUACCUCAGGCUGCUGCAACGACCUGCUACGUGGCUACGCAUGCAAAAACGAAGGGCAUUACUGGGAAAUACUUUGCAGACUGUAAUGAAGCUUCCCCGUCCAAACUAGCUACCAGCUCCAUUCAAGCUGCGCGAUUAUGGUCUGCCUCUGAGGCCAUGGUGACUUCCCCAGACCCGAAAUUUGGUGCCUACCCUUUCAAUGGCUUCGACUGAAACCCGAUCCGAACCUGAUAGUGAAACCAGAAGUUAGUUAAAGUAGAGAUUCUGCAGUAUACAAAACUAGGAGGAUGUUGAGGAAUCAACUCAAAGUUUAAUUAGUAAAGAUGAUAUAUAAUUACAAGCUUAUACUUUUAUAAUACAAACAUACAA